GGAACGACCCUCAUAACGGCUUCGAGAGGAGACGUCUCUCAAUCGACUUGACUGAUACAAAGAAUCAUUGUCAAUCGCUCAGUUACGCUCUUCUCUGCACACUAUGCGUUUUCAAGUGGCAGUUGUUAUGAUUGUUGUUGCAAUGCAAACCGGACUUGAAGUAAAAGCCAUCAAGUGCUAUGAAUGUGCUUCUACAAAGGACUGGGAAACUUGCAAUAAAGCCAUGACGGAGAAUACAUGUUAUGCUGGUGUAAAUAGCUGUAUGAAGACGAAAAUUUACGCGGAGGGGACCUCUUAUGCAGAACAUCUGAAGUUGUGCAGCAAUGCUUGUACAGAAGAGCAAAUUCCUCUGUGUAAUAAAGAGUUUCAUGGUGUGAAAUACAAAUGUGAAAUCAACUGCUGUAAAGAUGACUUGUGUAAUGAAGGCUCAGCUCCAGUAAUCAGCGGUUUCCUCAUUAUGAUAUGCGCAUUGCUUUCAGGUCAAACCUUUUUUUGAAUUCGAGCCAGCCAGUACGUUUUUGAAUAGUUAGACUUUCCAUGACCAUUUUAUACUUGAACUAGCCUGACUAGACUAGCUAUUAAUGUUUUAUUACAACAUUAUUGACUGAUUACGAUGACCCCGUAAUCAUUACUUCAGUAUUCUUCACGGUUGCCAUUGCCAUCUUGGAAAGUAGCCGURCCUUUGACUAUCGAAACGGGACAACCGUUGAGCGUGCAAUGAUAUAAAACGUCUUUCACACCGACAGGUAAUUAUUCACAAGUAUUUAUCAUUGCUAGCUCAACGGUGGUAGUGCCGCUUUGAUGCGGAAUGUAUACCACUCAAGAUGGCAAAGGGAAACGUGACUAUUAAGAUCAUUUUUUGAAAUAAAAGUCUAUUUUUUACGAAGUGUAAUUAAGCUUGAUGGAUUGAUGAAAUGCUAUAUGCUGCUACAUCUUGUUUUGAMGUUUUGUCGUUCGUUAUUACGAAGCACGCGAAAAUAGAUACAUUAAAACAAAACAACAACCAAAC